GCGGCCGGCGUCGCGCGCGCGGACUCGGGCUGCUGCUGCUGCUGCUGCCACUUCGGGGCGUUCUCCCCUCCCUCCAGGAGACUCAAUCCGUUUAGCCCGGGGCAAAGAAAAAAAAAAAAAAGCAAGCAACACACGCAAGACUCCUCGGGACCAAAUUCUUCUUGCGCCUCGGGGACUGGAUUCCACGGCGGACUUUGGGACUUGGGCGGGCGCUCGCUUGCUGCGGAGUGGCGGUGCAUGCCCUCCGUGCCGAGGUGGCCCGGGGGUCGCCUCCACCGCGUCCUCGAUGCGCUCUGCUGAGUGAGCCGCGCGCCCUCCUCCUCCUCCUCGCCGCACGCCCUCUUCCCUCCGGCCCGCCUUCAAAUGGCUUCGUUCCCCGAGACCGACUUCCAGAUCUGCCUGCUGUGCAAGGAGAUGUGCGGCUCGCCCGCGCCGCUCUCCUCCAGCUCGUCCGCCUCGUCGUCGUCCUCGCAGACGUCCACGUCUUCCGCGGGCGGCGGCGGCCCCGGGGCGGCGGCGCGGCGUCUGCACGUCCUGCCCUGCCUGCACGCUUUCUGCCGGCCGUGCCUCGAGGCGCACCGGCUGCCCGCUCCGGGUGGCGCCGGCCCCACCGAGGCGCUGAAGCUGCGCUGUCCCGUGUGCGACCAGAAAGUGGUCCUGGCCGAGGCGGCGGGCAUGGACGCGCUGCCGUCGUCUGCUUUCCUGCUCAGCAACCUGCUGGACGCCGUGGUGGCGACCGCCGACGAGCCGCCGCCCAAGAACGGGCGCGCGGGCGGCGGCCCCGGGGGCGCGGGCGGCCACAGCAACCACCGGCACCAUGCGCACCACCCGCCCCAGCGCGCCGCCGCUCCAGCGCCGCAGCCGCCGCCCGGCCCGGCCGCCUCUCCCGCGGCGCUCCUGCUGCGCCGACAGCACGGCUGCAGCUCGUGCGACGAGGGCAAUGCCGCCUCGUCGCGCUGCCUCGACUGCCAGGAACACCUGUGCGACAACUGUGUCCGCGCGCACCAGCGCGUGCGCCUCACUAAGGACCAUUACAUCGAGCGCGGCCCUCCCGGGCCGGCGGCCGCCUCGGCGGCGCAGCAGCUGGGGCUCGGGCCGCCCUUCGCUGGCGCGCCCUUCUCCAUCCUUUCGAUGUACCCUGAUCGUCUCGGCUUCUGCCAGCACCACGACGAAGAGGUCCUGCAUCUCUACUGCGACACCUGCUCUGUUCCCAUCUGCAGAGAGUGCACGCUGGGCCGUCAUGGGGGCCACAGCUUCGCCUACCUCCAGGACGCCCUCCAGGACUCUCGGGCACUCACCAUCCAGCUGCUGGCUGAUGCCCAGCAAGGCCGCCAAGCCAUCCAGCUGAGCAUCGAGCAGGCCCAGACCGUGGCAGAACAGGUGGAGAUGAAGGCGAAGGUGGUCCAGUCGGAGGUCAAGGCUGUGACAGCUCGCCAUAAGAAAGCCCUGGAGGAGCGCGAGUGUGAGCUGCUGUGGAAGGUGGAGAAGAUACGGCAGGUGAAGGCUAAGUCUCUGUACCUGCAGGUAGAGAAGCUUCGUCAGAACCUCAACAAGCUAGACAGCACCGUCAGUGCCGUCCAGCAGGUCCUGGAGGAGGGCCGGGCCCUGGACAUCCUGCUGGCCCGAGACCGGAUGCUGGCCCAAGUGCAAGAGCUCAAGGCCAUCCGGAGCCUCCUGCAGCCGCAGGAAGAUGACCGAGUUAUGUUCACGCCCCCUGACCAGGCCUUGUACCUGGCCCUCAAGUCUUUCGGCUUUGUCAGCAGCGGAGCGUUUGCCCCGCUCACAAAGGCCACAGGAGAUGGCAUUAAGCGAGCCCUCCAGGGCAAAGUGGCCUCCUUCACCGUGAUGGGCUAUGAUCAUGAUGGUGAGCCUCGCCUCUCCGGAGGCGACCUGAUGUCAGCUGUGGUCCUGGGCCCCGAUGGCAACCUGUUUGGUGCAGAAGUGAGUGAUCAGCAGAAUGGGACUUACGUGGUGAGCUACAGGCCCCAGCUCGAGGGUGAGCACCUGGUGUCGGUGACACUGUGCAACCAGCACAUCGAGAACAGCCCCUUCAAGGUAGUGGUCAAAUCAGGCCGCAGCUACGUGGGCAUCGGGCUCCCCGGGCUGAGCUUCGGCAGCGAAGGGGACAGUGAAGGCAAGCUCUGCAGGCCCUGGGGCGUGAGUGUGGAUAAGGAGGGCUACAUCAUCGUGGCUGACCGCAGCAAUAACCGCAUCCAGGUGUUCAAGCCCUGCGGCUCCUUCCACCACAAAUUUGGUACCCUAGGUUCCCGGCCUGGGCAGUUUGACCGACCAGCUGGGGUGGCCUGCGAUGCCUCCCGCAGGAUCGUAGUGGCCGACAAAGACAAUCAUCGCAUUCAGAUCUUCACCUUUGAGGGCCAGUUCCUCCUCAAGUUUGGUGAGAAAGGAACCAAGAAUGGGCAGUUUAACUACCCUUGGGAUGUAGCAGUGAAUUCUGAGGGCAAGAUCCUGGUUUCAGACACCCGAAACCACCGCAUACAGCUGUUCGGGCCUGAUGGGGUCUUCCUGAAUAAGUAUGGCUUUGAGGGGUCUCUCUGGAAGCAUUUUGACUCUCCACGGGGUGUGGCUUUUAACCACGAGGGUCACCUGGUAGUCACCGAUUUCAACAACCACCGGCUUCUGGUCAUUCACCCUGAUUGUCAGUCAGCACGCUUCUUGGGCUCAGAGGGCAGCAACAAUGGACAGUUUCUCCGACCGCAGGGUGUCGCCGUGGACCAAGAAGGGCGAAUCAUUGUGGCCGAUUCCAGAAAUCACCGGGUGCAGAUGUUUGAGGCCAACGGCAGCUUCCUGUGCAAGUUUGGUGCUCAGGGCAGUGGUUUUGGGCAGAUGGACCGCCCCUCGGGUAUCGCGGUCACCCCAGAUGGACUGAUCGUCGUGGUGGACUUCGGCAACAAUCGAAUCCUCAUCUUCUAAUAGAAUCUUCUGGGUUUCUGUGUUUAGGGUGUGCAUGUGUGCGUCUCUCGUUUCUGAAUUUCAAAGAAGAAAUCAUCUCAGGGAUAUUUCUUUUUCUUUUUCCUCCCUUUUUUAUUUUUAAAAGAGGACAAGAGUACAACAUUGCAUAAGUCCUACCUCAGCUUUUUUGGUUUUUUUUUUUUUUUUUUUUUUUACAGAUGAAUGUAAUUCUCUUUGUGCAGGGAUUGAGCCUGUGAAGUGAUAAUUUCUAUCUACCUCAAGUCUUUCAUACCUUCUCCAGCAGCCCUCUUUGCCCCUCCACGGAGCUCAUGUUCCCUUUUCUCUUGAGGGUAUGGAAUGCACAGGCCAGCGCUCCUGCGACCUCGAGGGCACUGGAAGCAUUAUGGUGGGGUGCAUUUUGUGGAUUGAGCCAAGGAAACCCAAAAAUAACUACUAAGUAAAAAAGAAAAGUAUAAGAUGUUGGAAAGAUAGGAUUUAAAAUUCAUAAUUCUAGUGUAUUUGUGUUCUUGAAUACUGUGUAUGUGGGGUUAGGUUGUUGGGUUUGAUCUUUUUGGGGAAAAUUUUUUUCUUUUCUUUUUUUUUCUUUUUAAGUGCUGCAACAGAGCUUUCCUCUGUUCUUGGGUUACCUCAAUGUCUAACAUCUUCAUCCCUAGGAUGGCUGUGGCUUGCUAGCCAAGAAAAGCAGACCAUUCAUAUUUUAGGUGUCUGGUCUUUGUUUCUGCUUAGGAAGGGUGUGUGUGUGUGUGUGUGUGUGUGUGUGUGUGUGUGUGUGUGUGUGUUUCAAAGCCAUCUUCGCCUGGGGGAAAGCUGGACUUGACACAUGGCGUCCCAGGGAACCUUCUCUUCCCAGUUUGCUCUCUAAGAAAUAGAUUUAGCUCAGGACUCUCAGUUGAAAGUGUUCUCAAGUUAAGUUUCUGUGUUUUGUUGUUUCUAAAGACUUAGGUAUAAGCAAAUAAGUUAACCUUGUUCUCAGAGAGGGGCUUUUCAGAUGUGGACGGGGUGCCACAGAAGUGGGGGGGGGUGUUGGAGAAGUGAGGCACCCCACAUCAGGGACUGUUCAGAAGGUGGGAUCCCGUCCCAAGAGGGAAGGUCUGCAAGAGUGUAUAGUAGGCAAAGGGAUAAACUUUUAUUUGAAAAAGCACAAUUUUUUUUUUCCUGCUUUGGAAGUUCAGGGAAUAUAGAAGUAUGUUUGAAUGACAAGUAGGAGUAUCCCAUCCCCACCCCCUUGGCUCAGGUCUCUUUCUCAGGAUCCUUGUCUCUGAGUGGAGUCAGACCUCAAGGUUAACUGAACCCCACUCCCUCCCCCAAAGGCCUUUGAAUGUAAAGUAUUUGUAGACCAAAUCCCCCUUGACCCAAAGUGCAGGACACAAUAUAUAUCCUUUUUUAAACCUGUACCAAAGAAUAGGAUUGUGGGGGUAUGUGGCUCCCAUGCCACUACAGGACUGAUUAGUGGUAAACUACACAUUUGGUCUCGACGACAUCAUCAUCUGUCUGAGGAUGGGGACCCCAUCGAGCCUCUGUACUCCUCACUACUGAAAUCAGAUUGGAUUUGAAAGGGGCUCUCACAUCGCUGACUGAGGACAGGAAGCUCCUGCCUGAAACAGACCAAAAGAUGAGUUUCUGCCCAGAAAUGGAUUUGGUUUUAAAAGAGAAAGUUAAUAAAUGGAGCAAUUUACCCCCUGUCAUCCCAAGAAGAAGGUGGUGAUGGGAAGCCUGUGAUGGGUCAGUCACAUUGCUUUGGGACAUUUAACUUGCCAGUGUGAACUAUGAUGUUCAUUCACAUGACUUUAAUUUCAGGAUUUCUGAGUGACCCAGAUGGGGAAGCAGGUACCAGAGUCACUUUGUUAGGGAGAAUGGUACACAAUCAAGGAACCCCGAAGGUAGCUUCCAGCUGCCAAGUCCUCCUUUCCGGGGUCCUGGGUUGGUGGAAGGACCACUGCGAAAGAGAUCGUACUCGGUACAAGCUCCUUUUUUGAAGUUUCCUAGUGGAUCCUCCCCCAGUUCAUAUUCCUUAGCCUUUAUUGUGCCCCCUAAUUGUUAAGCUGGCUUUUACAGGACAGAGUAACUGGGAGGCAGGUCCCCCCUCCAGCAAAAUGCCCUUAAACACUCAAUACAACUGGUGUUAUGUAACGAUGAUUCUAAUUCUCAGAAAUCUGAUUUUAAUUGUGGCCAGGGAAAAGCUAUUUUAGUUUUUUUUUUGUUUUUUUUUUCCCCCCUUUCUGUUCCUCUUCAUAGCUUACCUAUGACAAGAAUAUUGGCUAUUUAGUGGGAAAUUUUUUCUGGUGAAUUACGACAGAUAAAAAUACUUGAUAAUUUACUUAGGAUUUGGUUGCUCAGCCCAGGUUUCCACCUUGUGGCUGAAAUGGUCAGGUCUUAAAGAGUAAGUAGAUAAGCCAGUGAAGGCUUAGAGCAAAGUGUCCUUAGAGGUGUGUGGCUCUUUACCUUUCUGUAUCCAGAAUUGGUUUAUGGCUGGCUUCUAAGGAACGUAUGUGGUCACACCUGGAGAACUUUUGUUUUUAAAACAAGUGGCCAUUUGCAGCCGCCUGAGAUUGCUCCUGGCCUGGGGGGAAUCAGUGCUAAGCACUUUGGAAAGUGUGAUAAUGUGGACUGUUCCAUAUCAUGAUACAAGCCAUGUCUGGUGCCACCCUAGUGUGACGUUGCCAUGUAUUUGUGUGUACACCUGCUGCCCAAUCCGAGGUGAUGAUGGGAACGGCAGGAAAGAGACCAGGUCCUUAGUGCUGUGAAAGGAAGCUUUGUCACCAGUGAGAGACAGGCAGGCAGUGGAGGUAGACACAUGUAGAUCUGCCCUGGUCAGGUGGCAGGAGCUGGAGGGCGUGGGCAUCAGGAGAUCCCUAUUGGAAGUGAAUAUAUCUAAGCUUGAGUAUUGAACACCUGGUUGCCACCUGCCUGACAUUCCAAAAGUAUAAUCUAAAAGUCAUCACUCAUCUCUAAAUUUGUUCCUGAAGCCACCCUGCCUGCCUCCACACCUGUGCUCUACUGUGGCUGGCAGGUGACUCCUAAAGUUGGCUUGGAGCCCCGUUGUCUUGUCUGGGCUGCCCCCCAAGUGCACUAAAUUCCUCAAUCAAUACCCUUUUUAAGUCUAACUUAUCUGGGGAAACAUAAAAGGGUACCCUAAACAGAACUGGACUUCGUGUUGGGCCAAAGAAGUUGCCAAGAUGAAGGCACUUUGAGGUGGAUGGCUCAGUCUGCUUCACCGAAUCACCGUUGUUAAGCCAAAGCUUAGUUAUUUGAGCUGGGGAGUCUUAGGCUUGCAGCAGAACAAUAGUGUUGGUGUGUUGUCUUCUGUGUUUGGAAGACUCUAGAGUUGCUGUGUUCUGGUAGAUAGUAAAAGGUAUGCCAAAGUUUUUAGGCUGGCUUUUCCCUGUUGUUUAAGAAAUAUGUACACACACACACACACACACACACACACACACACACACGUGCCAAAAUUAUUUGUUUAGAGUAUCUCUCUCCUGCUGAGGUUCGACCAGUCUGGGGCUGUAAAGAAGGUGACAUUGUCACCUGUUCGCACAUUAGGUAAGGUUGGACCUCCUGACACUCAAGGGCUUUCUCUGUCAUCGUGUGGACCAGGGUCACAGGACACAGCACCUCUUGCCACACUGGUUGGUUUAUUAGAUUGUCUACCUCACUUUUGGCAAAGUCAUCUACCUCAUGUGGGCACCUGAUGGGUCUCAAAGGGAUAGUAUUAAUCCGGUGGAGAUGGGCAGCCGUGGGAGGCUGCUUCAAAGAUCCAGAAUUGACUUCCAAUACAGAACAUUGACCUGUUCAGUCGGUGUGGGCCUUCAUCCAAGUAGUUCUCCAUCAAUCUUGCUUUCUCUGUCUGCCACAAACCCAAUUCUGCAUAUAGUAUUAGGAACUGCUUCUGGCCUAAUGGAGAACUUGACUAGAAAAAGGCCUUAGGUCUCUCUUCUCUUCAAGAGAAAGCUGUUUUAUCUGGUAGGAGUGUCUGCACACAUGCCCUUUCAGUGGGAUCCCUGAAGGUCUGGUGGGGAGCAUCAGGUGUCUGAAGGCAUUGAGAAUCUCUGACGUCAUGAUUGUAUUUGCAGCUGUCUGCACCCAGCAGGAUGUCUGUCGCCUGGUGCAGCCCCCUCUACAGUGACUGGUGACGUGUACACUGCUCUUUGUUUUGAUUUGUUCUUCCUACCAAAGGCAACACUUUGACAUUUGUGGUGUGCCCCUCCCCCCCUUUUUUCCUUGUUUGUUAAAUACUUGAUAAAUUUGAGAAGCACAUUAUCAGGAAAUGCUGUACUGUUAACCUACCUCUGUACAUCCCGGUAACCUUCUGGUCUACCUGGGUGAGAGCAUCCUGAAGGCCCCCAGAGUAACUGGGUUUUGGGUUUAUGAAUAAGUGUCACCGUGAAGAAAUACCUCAAUAAUGUCUAUUUUUUAGAACUGGUCUUACGGGUUAACAGAUCCAGCCUGGUGGGCUGUUUUCCAUCGUCAUUCAACCAGCAAUGGUUCUAAAUGUUUUUGUGUAUCCGCAUGGUCUUAGACCUCCUUUUAAUGAUUGUAUUAACUUACGAGCUCAGGUCGUAUCUUAAGGCUAUCUCAGAGCACACUGGCUGAAUGUUGGCGCCCGUGGCUGCACCGCCACGGUUACUUUGUAACCAGCUUUGCGAUGGUUCUUGUGUUUCUAGCAAAACGGUCUGUAGUUGGCUCCUUUAGAGGGAGACUGUUCAUAUGUAUGGGGCUUUCUUGUUUUUAGGGUGGUAAAAUGUCUUUUCCCUUAAUGUUGAUGCUGGUGAGGGUGGGUGGUUUAGCGAUGUUUAACUAGCAUGUUACAAGUAGUUGUGGGUGGGAGGGUUGUUUGGUUAUUGUUUUAAUGGAUCUUGUUUAAUACUAUCCAUUAGCUCUCAUGCCUGGUCAGCCAAAAAAAAAAAAAGAAAAGAAAAGAAAAACUUUAAUUUUUAAGUAACUAGAGACUACAUAACUCAUUUGGGUCUCCCUUUUUUUUUUUGUUUGUUUUGUUUUUUAAAGAAGUGAAUACAGAUCUGGGUGGAAUUCACAGAGGCAUGUUGCCUAAUGUUAGAGUGACUUAAGUCUCUGUUAUUGUCACACAAGCUGAUUGAAGGAACACACUGCCAGCAUGCCUCCCCUGGCAGCAAAUCCCUCACUGCCAGCCCUCCUGGGAUUCCAGCUGCCUCUGCCACCUCUGGAAUAGCUGGGGUGUUUCAGGGCUCGUCAAGGCAGUGGGUGGUUAGGGGAAUUUCCCCCAAACCUCAAAGCAAAAGACGUUUUUUCUUCCUUUUUUUUUUGGGGGGGGGCAAGUCCCUUUUCCCAAUUUUGGACUUUUACCUUUAAAACUUUAAAUGUUGUUAUUAUUGCCAGCCGCAGGCAUGAUGGGCAAUGAGCAGGUGAAGAGCCAAUGGAGAAGCGUUCCAAACCUCCUGUGAGCUAACAGGCUUCUGAAUGUAUCUCUGUGCCCCACAGAGGAGGCUGGAGAAGCGGCAAAGGCAGUAUCAGCUACUGCAGCCUUAAAACAAAGCCCGUGUCUCUUUGGACUUUAAAUGGUUCCUAUGCAGCUUAUUUUAUUUUUGUUUAAUCAAAUAAACAGAGGGUCUUACUGUGAAAA